GCACGUGACUGAUGACAGGAAGUUGAGGUUUGAAAGCAAGCAUGUUGUUUUAGAACCUUCAGUCAAACGCGCUGAUGGAUGACGAGGAGGAAACUUAUCGAUUAUGGAAAAUCCGUAAGACCAUAAUGCAGCUCUGCCAUGAUCGGGGAUAUCUGGUGACCCAAGAUGAGCUGGACCAGACCUCGGAUGAGUUUAAAGGUCAGUUUGGUGACAGGCCCAGCGAGGGUCGACCCAGACGGACAGACCUCACUGUGCUGGUGGCCCACAAUGACGACCCCACCGACCAGAUGUUCGUGUUCUUUCCAGAGGAGACGAAAGUGGGCAUCAAGACCAUUAAGAUGUACUGCCAGCGGAUGCAGGAAGAAAACAUCACUCGGGCCAUUAUCGUAGUCCAGACAGGCAUGACGCCCUCUGCUAAACAAUCUUUGGUUGAUAUGGCACCAAAAUACAUCCUGGAACAGUUUCUACAGCAAGAGCUGCUCAUAAACAUCACCGAGCACGAGUUGGUCCCUGAACACAUUGUUAUGACGAGAGAGGAAGUGACAGAGCUGCUGGCCAGAUAUAAACUCAAGGAGACACAGUUACCCAGAAUUCAGUCUAAUGAUCCCGUGGCACGCUAUUUCGGGCUGAAACGAGGGCAGGUGGUGAAGAUCAUCCGGCCGAGUGAAACAGCUGGACGCUACAUCACAUACAGACUCGUACAGUGAAGACCAGCCUCAGCGUUUUGUUAUUUUCAUUUGAUGUAAAGCUCAAGAGCUACAGAUUUGUGUUUGUCAUGUGAUGUGUUUUUUGUUUGUUUUAUAACGGAUGAUUCUUGUGAUGGACGGCAGCAAUUAUGAAUUUAGGUUUAU